GCUCUGACUUCGACCAAACAUUUGUUGUGAAUGCGCUUUCCUUUAUUAUUUAUUGUAAAUAUAGUAGUUUCCAGAAAAUAAUGCCAUGUCAUUGCCCAAACAGGCGAGGGAUAUUAUUCCGGACUACCACGUGGAGGAUGGAACGUACUCCGGAGAUGUAUCACCCCAGGAAUUCCUCUACUGCAAAAGCUGCGGCAAAGUCUACGAGAACAGCAAGGAGUACGCUAGAGAUCAUAUCCGGAUAGGUGGGUGCUGUGGCGGCGCCAGCGAGGGAUUAGAGAUUGUAGAAGAAGUCCCAGAAGAUUGCAUUUUGGAAGAGGUUGGCGACGAGGACAUUGUCGAUGCGGAUGUGCCACUUUGGGAGGUAGUAGAAGUUCCAGAUAACAUCCAGGUGGAGCAGGACGAGGCCAGUCAGUCAGAUCGCUACUUUUGUUACGAUUGCCACAGCAUUUUCGAAAACCGGAAUAGCGCCGAGGAUCACGUUUGUCCGCAGGCGGAAUUUGGAGGAAGUUCCACCCAGCAAGUCGGCGAAGUCAAAACUCCUACACGGCGAAAGUUGACAAGUGUCAAUGCAAAAACAGAUCCAAAAGAUGCUUCUUCGGUCAUUAAAUGUGGGAUCUGCAACACCGUAUUCAGCUCAGACAAGUUCCUCAAGUUCCAUAUGCGCAUCCACGAUAGGCGCGCUUCCAAGAGCAUUCAGGACGCACUUCCUGUAGGUGCCCAUCAGCAGUACAGCGAGCUGGAUCAGUUUUACUGCGAAAUCUGCAACAAGAGUUUUGACGAAAACCUUUUGACGAUACACAAACAGAUGCACCAGCAGAGUACUAGCGAGAUUAUGUGCAGCAUUUGCAACCGGAAGUUCGAGAACGACGUAACAUACCAGAUGCACCAAAAAAUUCAUGAAAAACCUCGGGACUCCGAUAUGUCUAGUAAAGUAAACCAGCGUUCUAGUCUCGAUAAGGAUAAACCCGGGUUUCCCUGUCAGUACUGCGAGCGGGUAUUCACCCGUCCCUUUGAAAAGGUCAAACACGAACGGGUCCACACCGGAGAGAAGCCCUACGCCUGCGAGGUCUGCGGAAAGACAUUUCGCGUGUCUUAUUCACUAACCCUUCAUCUGCGCACUCACACCAACAUUCGACCGUAUGUGUGCACGGUGUGCAACAAGCGCUUUAAAUCGCACCAAGUGUACUCCCACCAUCUGCGCAUACACAGCUCGGAGCGACAGUUUGCCUGCGAUUCUUGCCCUAAGUCGUUUCGCACCUCAGUUCAACUGUACGCCCAUAAAAACACCCACACCAAGCCGUACCAGUGUGCCAUAUGCAACCGGCCCUUCUCCUCGAUGUACGCCGUCAAGAAUCACAUGCAGACCCACAAUGACGAUAAGAGCGUUGGAGGCGCUAGCUCUAGAACGACGUCAGUUAAAAGCGGACAACUUACGAAAAGCCAGACAGUAGGGAAGCAUUAUUGCAGUACUUGUGGUGCUGAAUAUGCCCGCCUCUUCGCUUUACGCGUGCACAUGAAGUCAGCUCACGGUGUAAUAGAAAAUGGAUCAUUACAGCACGAGAAACCCUCCGGCGUAACUGAAGAUGCCGACGACUCUGAGACAGCGGUACUGAUAGCCGCCGCCGAGGCAGAUGCUGCUUAUAUUAAUGCUGUGGUAAACGAUGUAGAUGUCGUGGGCUCCGUACCCUCCUACGAGGAGUGUGUUGAAUUUGAUGAGGAUAACUUUCACAGCGAAGAAAUUAUUACAGAUUGGCUUAAGUAACUAUUAGCAUUUCUACUCCGACUAGCAAAUAAAUUAUUGUUUUAGCAAUCGUA